AUGGAGACAAUGGAAACGGCAUACCCAGCAUUAAAUGAAUUAUUUGUAUUUUUGAAUACAACCAUAACACAAAUUUCAAUAUAUUAUUCACGCAUACCAGGAUCAGCAAUUCUUUUGAAAUAUAUUAAAAAUUCUCACCAAGAUGAUCCUUUUCGAACUGCCUUAGAAUUAUUAUUAGUAUUUUUUGCUAUAAUUUAUCUAUUUACUAAUAAGUAUAGAACUGAUAAUAAUUUUAUUGAAUUAACUCCUCAGGAAGUUGAAGAGCUAGUUGAUGAAUGGCAACCUGAUCCUCUUGUACCACAACUUUCUGAUGAUGAUAAAAGAGAAUUAGAAAAAAUUCCUGUAAUUAAUGGACCUCAAGGGCUAAAAGUAAAAUUAAUAAAUGGUAAAUCUUUAAUAAACUUUUCAAGUUUUGAUUUUUUGGGAUUAUUAACUAAUGUUACUAUCAAGGAAAAGGCUAUUGAGACACUUAAAAAGUAUGGCGUUGGAUCCUGUGGUCCGCCGGGAUUUUAUGGAACUUUUGAUGUACACACGGAAUUUGAAAAGAAAGUUUCGGAAUUUCUUGGAACAGAGGAUACUAUAAUAUAUUCUCAAGGAUUUUCUACAAUAAGUUCGGCUAUACCAUCAUUUUGUAAAAGAGGUGAUAUUCUCGUAAUCGAUGAAGGAUGUAAUUUUGCUAUUCAAAAAGGGGUACAAAUUUCUAGAUCUGUUAUUAAAUGGUUUAAACAUAAUGAUAUGGAAGAUUUAGAAAGAAUUUUGCAAAAAAUUAAAAAUGAAGAUAUUGAGACUGGAAGAAAGUUGACGAGAAGAUUCAUUAUAUCCGAAGGAAUAUUUGAGAAUUAUGGUGAUAUUGCUCUUUUACCUAAACUGGUUGAAUUAAAAAAACUAUAUAAAUAUCGACUUAUUCUUGAUGAAAGUUUAUCAUUUGGUAUAAUGGGAAAGCGUGGAGCUGGUUUAACUGAUUAUUUUGACAUUAAUCCAACUGACGUUGACAUGAUUGUUGGAUCAAUGUGUAAUGCAUUAUGUUCGUCAGGAGGUUUUUGUUCUGGAUCAUUCGAAAUCACUGAACAUCAGAGAAUUUCAGGACUGGCAUAUUGUUAUUCAGCAUCAUUGCCAGCAAUGUUGACAGUAUCAGCAUCGGAAUCAUUAAAUAUCUUAAAACGAAAUCCGCAAUUUCCAUUAACAAUCAAUCAAAAUACAAUAUUAUUCAAACAAAUAUUAAAAAAUGUUAAAUAUUUGUUAUUAAAUUGUUCCAAGGAUUCUCCUGUUAUACAUCUUAGGAUUAAUGAAGAAAUUGUUAGAGUUGGUGAUAUACAAGAUAAAGAGAGAUGUUUGCAAGACAUUGUUGACGAAGCUAUAAAUAAUGGAAUUUUAUUAACCAGAGCUAAAUAUGUCAGAUCUCAAGAAUUAUUUGGGGUUGAACCAAGCAUUAGAAUUUGCAUAAGUGCUGGUUUCACUAAAAAAGAAAUUGAAAAAGCAGCUUCUGUUAUUAAAAAUGCUGUUACAAAGGUUUUAAAAAAUAAAACACAUUAA